AUGGUAUCUACUAUCCGCCCCGAGGAAUUGGAACAACGCGUGAGGAGUCUCUGUUUGUUUCUGACUGACAUCGGAAAAGGUGAAGGACCGAACGAACGGUUCAAUUUGUUUAAACAUGGUGGAAAAGGUCGCUUCAACCUGGACGCUAAUUGUCCAAUGGGCAAGUAUAGCAACGACCAGCACAAGCUCGUAUCCAGUACCUUGGCGCUGAUGUUCGGCGAGGAGCACUCGCCUGAUUAUAUUUGCAAGGUCCUCUUCCCUGAGGCACUUAUAAAAAUAUACAUGGAUGUCCAGGGAUGUCAGUACGAGGAGGCCGAGGAGGAUCUUUUCAAGAUCAACCUGUCCCAACAGUCACAGGUUAGUUACAUGUGCUAAUUUCGUAAUUGGUGUAUACUCGUACGAGUAGCUCGAAAUAAUGUGUUUUUAAACAUUGUAUUUUUAGGACCCAUUCAUACAGCAGUUCAAAAGGCGAGAGCCAUCACCGUCCCUUUCAGAGGGGGAAGACGAUGAUGAUACGGAUGAUUCAAACUAUGAGGAGGAGGUCGAGGAAGAGGAGGAGGUCGAGGAAGAAGAGGAGGCCGAGGACGAAAGUGAGGAAGGAAAAAAGGUUUGAUAUUAGAUAUACUUUUUACAUCGAUCAGAAUACCAUUAUCUACCCACAGACUUUCUUUACAUAGGAGAUAGGAAGAUUGCGAAAGUUUCCCUUCUGUUAAAAGCAAUACAAGUAAUAAUUUAACACAGCACUUAAUGUCCUCAUGUAUUUUUAAUCUUUCCAGAGAAAACGGACCGAGGGCGAAAGUGAGGAGGGCGAAAGCAAGAAAAGAAAAAAGGUUUGAUAUCAGAUAUACAAAUUUUUACAUCGAUCAGAAUACCAUUAUCUACCCACAGCCUUUCUUUACAUAGGAGAUAGGAAGAUUGCCAAAGUUCCCCUUCUGUUAAAAGCAAUACAAGUAAUAAUUUAACACAGCACUUAAUGUCCUCAUGUAUUGUUAAUCUUUCCAGAGAAAACGGACCGAGGGCGAAAGUGAAGAGGGCGAAAGCAAGAAAGGAAAAAAGGUUUGAUAUCAGAUAUACUUUUUACAUAGCAGAUAUAUAUAUAUAUAUAUAAAUAUAUAUAUAUAUAUAUAUAUAUAUAUAUAUAUAUAUAUAUAUAUAUAUAUAUAUAUAUAUAUAUAUAUAUAUAUAUAUAUAAAUAUAUAUAUAUAAAUAUAUAUAUAUAUAAAUAUAUAUAUAUAAAUAUAUAUAUAAAUAUAUAUAUAUAUAAAUAUAUAUAUAUAAAUAUAUAUAUAAAUAUAUAUAUAUAAAUAUAUAUAAAUAUAAAUAAAAAUAUAUAUAUAAAUAUAUAUAUAUAAAUAUAUAUGCUAAAACUGUCUGUAGCAAUGUGGGUGUACGUACCAAUGUGAAAAUACUGUGCUGAGUGGUUAUAUUACUACCUUAAAAAAUAAGCAGAAACUCUACGUUUCGAGCGAAGGCCUUUUAAUGUAGUAAUAAUUAUAACCACUCAGCACAGCAUUUUGAUCUGAGAUAUAGAUCAGAAUAAUAUUAUUCACACACAGCCUUUCUUUACAUAGGAGAUAAGAAGAUUGAGGCAAUGCCCGUUGUGUCCGAGAAUGUACAAGUAUCUUACUGAACAUUUAAAAACCAUGCACGGAAUGACCCCCAAAGAAGCUGUGCAUCUGUCAAGGCAGCGUCGCACAGUUCAAGCUGGUGUAAAACAAAAAAGAAAGCCGUUUCCCUGCCCGGUGGAGGGUUGCGACGUUCAGGCCGCUCGUGUGGACCUUCUCUUGAGAAGGGUCCACAAGUUGAACAAGGAGGACCCUGAAUUCCGCAGGUUAGCUGGUUGAAAAAAAUUUUAUUUCCUGAAGUACAUCCCCUAACCGAAAACAGUAACUCAUUCCUACCCCCAAAACACUCAUUCCUUCUACUCUUUUGUCAGGUACAACGAACAAGUGGCAAACGAAAGAGCGCAACAGAAGCGCGCGGAACUGCUUGCAGCCAAAAAGGCAGAACGAAGAGAAAGGAAAAAGAAAAGUAAGUUACCUCAGCCUUCUAACCCUGACCCAUCCAUACUUGGAGAAGAUGUAACCAGACAGCAUGAACUCCAAUCCGAUUCCUCAGAAUCCGAGGAAAUAGACACUACCCCGCUGGGCGUGAUGCUCGCAGAACCAAGAGCCCCAAAAGAAGACCCCGACAAGGACACCCGUAAAGCUUUCGAGAGCCUCCCUGUCCUUCAAUUGUUUAAGCAUCAUUUGAAGGACUUUGAGGGGGGCUCUCGAAAGCCUCAAGUGGCGAAAGACCAUACGAGGCGGGUGUGUCGACUUUUGUAUGAAAUAGACGACCACCCAAGCUCAGUGAAACCUCUCUGGGACAGUAACAAUAUUAACUAUCUUAAAAACAACUUCUUCAAGGGUAAUGACUUACUGGGAGAGGAGGAGAAGAGACAGCCAACAACGCUAAAGGCGUAUAUUGGAUCACUGCGCCUCUUCUUCCAGUUUGUUAUUGCCCGGCAAGAAGAAAUCAGGAAGUUGGAAGACUUCGGUGAUGCAGAUCUUCGCUUAGUCAAUUCUGCUAUGGCCAGGUUGGAGACCUGGCCAAAGGCGUUGGCAGACGCCAUGAACAAACGGAAGGCAGAUAUCCGUCUGCGGGACGUGGAUGAGAAGCUGUGUGUCAAAGAUUACGAGGCAUUCUUCCACAGCCAAAGAGAUUAA